AUGUACUCGCAACUCGCCGUCGCCGCGCUCGCCGCCAUCGCCUCUGUGCAGGCCGCCCCCCUUCCCAUCCUCGCGACCGUCGAGGCCGCCCUCUCGACGCCCAACACGACGCAGUACAACCAGACCGCCGUCUCGUACUUCAUGAACGGCAACAACGGCGCCUGCGGAUGGGCGAACCAGGACUCGGACAAGGUCGUUGGCCUCCCGAACGAGUUCUACCAGGACCUCUCGUCCGUCUCGCCGUACUGCGGCAAGUACAUCGUCGUCACCGACCCGCGCGUCAACAAGACCGUCACUGCCCUCGUCGCCGACGCCUCGACCGGCAACAACACCCUCUCGCUCUCGCAGGGCACCUGGAACGCCCUCAACGGCACCGCGUCCGACCUCAAGACUGUCGACUGGCGCUUCGCCAACGAGACCGAGACGGCCGCCGCCAAGGCCGCACUCUCCUCGCCCGCCUCGUCGUGGUCUGCCCCCGCCCCUUCGUCGACCACCGCCGCCCAGCAGCAGCAGCAGAAGCAGCAGGAGCAGCCCACGUCGUCGUCGCAGAAGCAGCAGACCACCCAGCAGGCCUACACCACUACCCAGGCUCCCUCCACCACCUCGUACGCGCCUAAGCCGACCACCACCACGACCGCCACCCAGCAGGCCCAGGCCACCCAGCAGAAGGCGUCGUACGACUCGUCGGCUUCGUCGGGUACCUACUCUGGCCAGGCGACCUACUUCUUCCAGAACGGCGUUGCCGGCGCUUGUGGAUCCGUCCACAGCGACAGCGACUACAUCAUCGCCCUUGAGACCAGUAUGUAUGCUGGCGGCAGCCAUUGCGGCCAGCAGGUCAAGAUCACCAACACCGGCAACGGCAAAACGAUCACUGCUACCGUCGCUGACGAGUGCCCUACUUGCUCUACCUCUCAAUCCAUCGACCUUAGCCAGGGUGCCUUUGACGCCCUCGGCUCGGAGUCGCAGGGAGUGCUUCCCGUGAACUGGAACUUCUCGGGCUGA